AUGGAAAGUGAAUGCGAGGAAGUGAAGAUGCAAUUCCGUCAGCAAGCUGAAGAUCUGAAGCGAAAGUACGCUGACGAGCACCUGGACUACCACUACUCCCCUCGCAAGCCCUCCGAAAGAAAAUGCCGUACCUCGUCGCGUCAACACAGGAAGAUCAGCCUAUCCGCCAAAUCCCCCAAGUCCCUUAUGUCGGCUAACGAAGCGUCGGACGCUUCGACUCCCGGAAUAUAUACUGAAAUAGAGAUAAUUAUGGUUAUACCUAUGCCUGCGGACGAUAAUCUAGCCGGUAUCGAUAUGCUCAUGCCGGAGCAGCCGUUCGAGUUCGACCACGAGGCUUUCGACACCCUGCUCCAGCAGGUGCAGGAGGACUAUAGCCGGGCCAAAUCCUUUUUCUGA